AUGCUGUUUUAUAUUCUAGGUGGAAUUAUAACAGCAAUAUACGUGUUAAUAGGAGCUCUGCUAUUUUUAAAAUCCAACAACAUACAAAUUUUAUCGAGAUCGCCAAUCCUUUUGUACAUUUCCCACUAUGCGAAUCUUAUCGAAACACUUCUGAUUCUCCCUGUUGCAACAGCGCUGCAUGAUCCCGAAGACAGAAGCCACAUAUCAGACACAGUUUGGAGGCUAAGGGAGUGUGGAAUAAUUAUAGCACACUAUUUGGUUUACAUUCCCUAUGUCCUUCGUGGUUAUCGGCUCUUUUUUGUCUUUAAUUUAGAUAAAGACUGAGAUGACGCGAAUAGCAAAUUUAGAAAAUACAAUUAUCGGACUAAACAAAUUUGGCUUAUUAAGAUGCUGGGACUUUUAAUGAUCCCUCCCAUCACCUUAUGCAUAAUUAUUAUGCUUUAUCCUCCAGCUGGCUAUUAUUUCCCUAUCUCCGACAAGCAUUAUGGCAUUGACGAAGACAUUGCUGGUGCGAUCUAUGUUUUUGUAUGCUUCCUUGAGCAAUUAUUAUUGAUUUUUUUGGUAUACUACGUACGCAACGUACAUGAUGAUUUUAAUAUGACAAACGAGCUGGCCUGGGUCACCCUCUUUUGGUUUUGCACUCCAAUUUUUUCAACAUUUUCUCAAUUUGACGCAGGAAAAUGGCUUAUCACAACACUGUUUAGAAAUGGACUUCUUAUGAUCAGAUCUUCACUUAUUCCGGUAAUUCUUUCGUUUAAAUCAAAAGAAAGCUUUGAAUCAAUUACUUUGGAUGUUUUAAACUCCUUAACACUUAUAAUGCAGAACGAUUUGACUUUAGAAGCUUUUGAGAAAUUUUUAACAACAGAGCACCCUGGAAGAUAUUCUGAUAGCUUUUCUUAUGAAUUCUUUUUGCAAGGACUGCCAUUAUUUGAAUUUUAUAUAUAUAUUAAAGCAGAAUUAAUUCGAUCUUUUUAAAUGCUAGCUGGUAUUAUAAAAAAUUUAAAAUUUAAAUAAAGAUACUAGCUUAGAAUCAAUCUAUACAAUUCAAGUAUAAAAUGUGAACUUUAUUUAAAUAACCCAAACAAUCAAGAUUUUUCUGAAAUCAAAAACGAAUACGAAACUUCUCUCCCAGAAGAAAUAUUAGAGAUUAUUCUCGAAGAAAAUAUAAGCAUUGAACAUAUAAAAGAGGCGAAAAAUUUGGCAUUUAAUAUCUUGGAAAAACACUUUUACCCUAAAUUUAUGAGAAGUGAGGAGUUCAGUGAAGUUCGAAGGAAAAUAGUAAAACAAGAAAUUUAUACAUUUAGAGUAAUGCAGACUUCAUUCCACAGUAAUUUAUAUACAGUUUCUUUGGCAAAAGGGAAAAAAUUAAACUCAUUAAUCCCAAGAAAGAAAGUAGAGAGUGUUUUGUAG